AUGGCGCGAAAGACUGACUCAAGCCAUCAGAAGUGCUUCAAUAUAGCGGUUGUGGGACUUUCGGGCACUGAGAAAGAGAAGGGAUGUCUCGGUGUCGGCAAGUCUUGUCUCUGCAAUCGCUUUAUAAGACCGCUGGCCGACGACUAUAACGUGGACCACAUCUCAGUGCUCAGUCAGACCGACUUCAGCGGUCGUAUCAUAAACAACGAGCACUGGCUUUAUUGGGGAGAGACCUGCAAGACGUCCGAAGAAGGCUUCGAACUGGUGUUCAGUGUCAUCGAACAGACAGAGUUCAUAGACGACGCCUGUUUCCAGCCGUUCAAAAGUGGCAAAACUGAGCCCUACUAUAAGCGAUGCGCCGCCACUCGGCUCUCGUCGGCCGAGAAGAUGAUGUAUAUCUGCAAAAACCAAUUGGGAAUCGAAAAAGAAUACGAACAAAGAUAUCUAAAUGACGGCCGCUUUUGCAUCGAUGGUUUCGUUUGUACGUUUGACGUGAGCCAAGUCCAGGGCCGGUCUAUCGAGCGUCAGGUAGAGCUCACGGCUCUUAUACUGAACAACCUAUUGAAGACAAAGAAGCCGAUAGUGUUGGCCACCACUAAACACGACGAAGUGUACGACUACUACGUGAAAGAGGCCGAAAGGCUGGUCAACAGACGGGAAUUCAAGGGCAACAUAGCUUUGGUGGAGACGUCGGCGCACGAGAACGUGAACGUCGACUUAGCGUUCGUCACUUGCGCUCAACUCAUCGACAGAACGAAAGGCAAAUCAAAGAACGUGUCAUUCUUGGAGUCCUCACGCAAUCGGAGGGACGCGAUGGACAACGCGAGCGACGCCUACCUAUCGCUCAUUCAGUCACAAAUCACUGACUAUAGGACUCUAUGGAACAGCACUUAUAAAAAGUUAGUCCAAAGUCAGGACUUUUUGAAUUAUUGCGAACUCUUCGGUCAGGAUUCAGCGCAUCUCACAUUCAAACGACACAUCAAAAAAUUAAAAGACGACUACUUGUGCCGCAAAAUGCAAAUGUAUUUAAGGGUUUUGCCGGAAGUGCUGACGGAAUUGAUGCCCGAUCUCGAGACCAUCGGCGAAAUGAACGAUUGGAUUACCAUUAAGGAUAGGCUUCGGUCUCAUUCAGACUUUGACCAAUACUUUCUCGACAAUCCAGACUUCACGUGGCAAGAGGUGGACUUCGAGGACGGCUCAGAAACACGAAUCCCUUUUGAUCUGUUGGAUACUCCAGAAGCGGAACAGGUGUUCGUUGAGCACAGAAUGAGUCUCGAAAGUGGCGAACGACAGAAAGAGCUGAGACAUCAAUUCAAACAACUAUUACAAGAGACUAAUUAUGUGACGCCCGGCAAGUCGUUAACCGAAGUUCGGGUUCUGUUUAUGGGCCGCGAAUGUUACGAAUCUCUGGGCGAACGCGACGUCAUUGAGAUCUACGAAGAGCACCAAAAGGACAUCACUGACUGCGCCAAAAGCAAUUUCCAGGAAUUACUGUUAGAGCACUCGAGUCUAUUCUAUCACUUCGCAAGUCUCGGACCCGGAAGUGUCAUCACUCAAGACGACAUUCAAAAAAUAACUGAAGCCCUUCAGGAGGACCCGAGAUAUAAAGGAUUAGAGCGUUUGGAUCAGGAUAGGACUCUUAUGCUUCUAAGACAUUUGGGCUUUAUUCACGGCCCCAUUCGAGAGCAUUGUCCGAUGUUUCCUAAUUGUAUGGAUGUUUUGAUCGAAAAAUAUAACGCAUCCAAAGCCAGAAGGCCUUCAACCGGAACUAGAAAUAGUCACUGGUUUUCGGAGUCGAAUAACAAUCACUUAAAUCUAAUUCUGUUGGGUUCAGGCGGUCUGAGUGAUGAACUCUGCUCUGAAAUUAAGGAUAUCAACGAAACGUUUGAGUUGGAGAAGACUCGCUUCACUUUGGACUUUAGGAUAAUCGGCGGAGACGUAGAUCUGCCCCAAAAUGCCUUCCGAACCAAUGACUUCUCCCCGAAGGGGUGUUUCUGUGUUUACUCUAAUCACCAGACAUUAGAAUACGUGAGACAGAGCUUAGAGAAGACAUUGUUAUCAGAUCUCGAACAAGAGGACGGCCUUCCAUUCCAUGGCCUCCCGAUUGUCAUCUUAUUUGCUGCCAAUUCUAAUAUCAAUGAAAAGGAUUUAUUAUUUUUGCGAGAAGAGGGACAGAAUCGGGCGAAGAGUCUUCAGUGUCCGUUCUUAGAUGUGACUAAUUUUGACAGUCAUUCUUCUGGUCAAAGGUUUGACACUCAAAGCCUAAGUCAAGCCCUACGAGCGCUCAUUGAGAGCAUCCAACGGCGCGCAGAUCUGAUGCAAAUCUAUCAGUCAGUAUUGCCGGAACAGGCGCUGAACCCCGACAUCCGAAUUCUGGUCUGUAUGUUAUGCGGGGAUCCGUUCACUAUAGAGCAAGUGAUGAGCCCUUUCCUCAACCAACACAUGUAUUACGUGACGUCUUCUCAUUCAAUCACAAUUGAACUCAUGAUUGGAGAGACGAAGAGAUUUGUGGAGUUGGUGUCGACCUCAUACCACGGCGCGCACACCUAUCGCGACGAACUCCUUCACGGCUUCCUUCUGUUCUACUCGUGCGGCCGGAAGGCAUCGUUGGCCACUUUGACCGCCUUCUCGGCUAACAUUCCCAAUACUCCGAUUCAAAUGAUAGCAUUUAGUGACACUUCAAACUCUAAUAUCUAUUAUUCGAACCACGAUUUGGAUCUCCAACUCCUCUCUGAGGGCAAUACUCUCGCCGACAAACUUGAGGCCCAUUUCAUUACUUCAUCGCCGACUCAACAAAAGAAUUCAUAUUAUAUUCCAUUUCUCGAAGAAGUAAUGGAAAGGAAGCCUCAAAUCGAAAAGGCUUUUGAAAUGGAAGACUCGGACUAUUCUCUUGAGAGACGAACACCGGUUCCGCCACCCGUUCCCUCACGACAAGAGUCAUACCAUAUUAGGAGCGGUUCCGCCGAUUCCGACGGCAUUUACGAGCAUUUAGGCGACAAAUCGACCGAUAAUGGGAACGAACACAUCUCCACCAGUGGUUUCGUCGACGGCCCGCAUCUCAGCCCAAGCGAUGACAGCGAAGUGUACGCCAGUGUCUAUACACAAGAAAAUGGUGACCAUCUCGUGAAGCCCAGUCAGAUCAAGAACAGACGCAGUCUUCAAGCCGAUCUCUAUCGACAAUCUUUUCCGAGCACUGAAUCUCUAGACAGGCCUCUGCUGUCCAGUCGGCGCGGAGACAACUCUUCUCAGCCGCCGCUUCCUAUCCCUCCGAGACGUGAGCUGUCUUACGCUCCGCCUCCAUAUACUCGCGCUGUUUCUCCCCCGCCGUCAUAUAUAAGCCAUUUCUCGCCAAGACUUCCGUCACAUCAUAAGCCAAUGCAGGGAUCGUCUGAUGAGGCGAAGGCUGUUCCGCAUUCUUCUUCACUCUAUGGCACAGAUAGGCGUCGAAUCGCCGCUUAUUCUGACGUCAAAUCUUUCACUCCAUUUCAAUAUCACUUUCACAUUAAAAAGUCCAAUAGUUUAAAGGCUUCUGUUUUGGGUAACACUCUGUCCGGCGUUAGUCUUAGCUCUCAUUCCUCCCGAUUGCCUGAAGACUUAGACAAUGCAUCAGACGAUGUAUCCGAUGAAGACGACGACACCGUCUCUUCAGGCCUUAGUGGAUAUGGUGCUUAUCCGCCGCCUCCAGAGCCCGCGCCGCCUGACUAUCAAUAUUCUCGUCUCAAAAAGACACCCUCUUUGCCUUCUUCUGGCCGAUUGCCGGCUCAACACACUUUCAAUGAGGGUUGGAUGGAAAGGGAUAAUAGAGUUUAUGACAGAGGAAGUGAGGAAUGGCUCGAUAAUGAUGUAUAUCAUGCUUAUCAGAGUCAUCACAAAAUGCCCCCACCUAUCAAACCAAAGCCCGGAAAAUUAAAUUUAAAACAAUUUGAUAACAUUACGGAUGCCAUCGGACGCCUCAAUGUAGGGCCCCGUCAGGGCUCGACUUUACCCAAAAUGGGACUUUUGAACGCACCUCUGGCCACACCCGAGUCCAUAGAUCUGCCCGUCGAUUACAAUAAGGACUCUAUAUAUGGUCGUAAUUCUCAAGAUUAUUACUCAAUACUCCAGAACACCAUAAGUGAUGGCAAACAUAGAGUUAGACUCAAUAGACGUAACAAAGAUUCACUCGAAAAAGUUGGUUCAGAUUCUGAUAGUGAUUGGAGUUCUCUCGAGCGCCGGGAGAGAGACCCCUAUAACAGAGCAAAUCGAAAACCGACUCCACAUAAGAAAGUCCGUAAAAAGAGGGGCAUUCCUGUCGCUCCGCCACGACUGCCUUCAUUUGAGGGCAAUUCCAAUAAUUUUAGUAAUAAAUCGCUUAAAAGUGUAAAUAAUGUCCCAAAAGUCGGCGCCGAUUCAGCUAUAGAUGUGUUCGAGCCCUCAGGGAGGGCUAAUACCCCAUCAGAUGGAAGUGAGUUCUCCAAUGAAGACAAUGAACCGGUCGAUGAUAGCCAGCAAACUGUGUCCUCGAAAUCGCGACCGAAACGGUCUUUCCAUUUACGUCGUCGAGCAAAGCCUCCGACACAGUCUCACUCAAUACCCGAAACAAAUUAUGGCCAAUCAAACAGUCCUCCUCUCACUUGCAUUGAGUCCAAUCAUAACAAUAUCAGUCCAUUCUCUGUUGAACACUCACCAAAACACAAAAACGAUUCGCUGUCUUGUAUACAAGUGGCUCAGGAGGAAGAAUACGAUCCAAGAGAUGCCACAAUUGUUCAAUUGGGCAAAGUAUUGAAGAGUAAGUCCGCGACUGUUAUCACUGAAAACAACGAAAAGUCAGGUCUCAAGAAAGAGAAGGACCGGAAGAAGGCUCGAGAAGACGAGAAACUCGAGAAACGAAGGCUUAAAGAAGAGGAACGACUCAAGAGAAUGACUGAAAAGAAGAAGAAGAAGCAGAAGAACAGUGCGGCGAACAACGGACCCACUCUUGAAGACUUUGUCCAGUCGGAAGACAAUUGCGUUCCGCUGUUCGUCGAAAAGUGCAUUCAAUUCAUCGAAGAAGAAGGUCUCGACUCUGAGGGUAUAUAUCGAGUGCCUGGCAAUAGAGCUCACGUCGACCUUCUCUUCCAAAAGUUUGAAGAAGGUUUGCAUUCAACUCAACUGUUCGUCAGUUAUAUAUGUUAUUAA